AUGGAGUUUCUGGACGGACGAAUAUUCACCGAUCCGGCCAUGCCUGAAGUUGGUGCGGAGGAGAGAAACGCAUUAUGGAAAGACGCGGUCCGCACGCUCGCCAAGUUCCACCGAGUCGUCCCCGAAUCGAUCGGAUUGGAGAAGUUUGGGAAGCCAUCGGGCUUCUAUGACCGACAGAUCGCCACGUUCACGGCGGUCUCCCGGGCACAAUCACAGGCGGUGGACGUGGAAAGCAAGGAGCCGGUGGGCGAGCUCCCGCACUUCAUGGACAUGGUGCAGUUCUUUUCCAACAAGGCGACUCAGCCGCAGGACCGCGGCAGCCUGGUGCACGGCGACUACAAGAUCGACAACAUGGUCUUCCACAAGACGGAGCCGCGGGUGAUUGGCAUCCUGGACUGGGAGAUGGCGACGGUGGGCCACCCGCUGUCGGACCUGUGCAAUCUCACGAGCCCGUAUUUCCUCGACGGCACGGAUCACAAGACCGACGAGUUCCAACCCAACGCGAUCCCGGGCCUGCCCACGCGUGAUGACUGCGUGCGGUGGUAUCGCGAACUGGCCGGUUGGGACCCGACCCCUGAUAUACUUUGGGGCGAUGCGUUCUUCUCGUGGAGGAGCUCCGUGAUCAUGCAGGGUAUCAAAGCUCGGUAUGCGCUGAGGCAGGCUAGCAGCGCUAGGGCGCAGGAAUAUGCCCAAAAGACCGUCCCGUUUGCUUUGGGGGCGUGGGAACGGGUCCGACAAGUGCAAGCCGCAUUGCCCCAAAAAGGCAAAUUGUAA